AUGGCCUCCAAGAUGGUGAUAUCCGCCCACCCCAAAAUUCUGCUGCAGUUCAUACAUAAAGACGAGCCUGGAGGGCCAGGAGCAAGAGUCCACCAGAAGGUGCUAGAGGAGUUUCUCUGUGACCAGAAGUACAGUGAUGAAGAGAACCUGCCAGAAAAGCUCGCAGCCUUCAAAGACAAGUACAUGGAGUUUGACCUGAACAAUGAAGGCGAGAUCGACCUGAUGUCAUUAAAGAGGAUGAUGGAGAAGCUUGGAGUCCCGAAGACCCACCUAGAGAUGAAGAAAAUGAUCUCGGAGGUGACAGGUGGGGUCAGUGACACCAUCUCCUACCGAGACUUUGUGAAUAUGAUGCUGGGGAAACGGUCGGCUGUGCUGAAGCUAGUCAUGAUGUUUGAAGGAAAAGCCAAUGAAAGCAGCCCCAAGCCAGUUGGCCCCCCUCCAGAGAGAGACAUUGCUAGCCUGCCCUGAGGACCUCUGCCUGGACCUCCCUGGCCUCCCCACCCCUGCUCCUCCCUCCUGAUCUGCCCUUCCUGACUCAUUGCGAUUUGUCUUGUUUGUUUGGUUGUUGUGGGUUUGUUUUUUCUCAUCGGCAGAAUCAGUGAUCUCUUUGUAAAGCACAAAUUAUCUGCCUUAAAAGGGGUCUGGGUCAGGGAACCCUGAGCCUUGUGUCCCCUCCCUCUCUUCUUUCCUCCUUCCCCUGUCUUUGUGCAGAAGGGCUGACAUCAAACCAAAAACCAGAGGGGACGGGGCUGGGGCUGGAAGCCUGUGUUCCCUAUGCUUGCAGCCGGCACUGUCCAUCCUUCCAGGUCUCUGAGCUAAGUUCAGGCUUAUUGGCCUGGCCCUGGUGAGAAACCCAGUCUGCUUUCAGAAGACCUUGGAGUAGGGACAAGUCUUCAGGAUUUUCCCAGACAGCUCUGUGGUUUCAGUGCUGUUGGGUUGUACAGGACACAGCCACUCAGUGCCCCACUGCCCUAGCUGACCCCCCCUCAGUCCACACCUCUUCUCAUCCACAAUGAUGUGACAGCAGGCAGGAAGGAGAGGAGCUUGCCAAUUUGAGCCCUUCAAGAAGGUACCAGAAGGAGCCCUGUGGUCCUGCUCCCUGGCCACACCUUUACAGGCAGCUCAGAUGGAGGGCAGCCUCACUAUCCCUCGCUGGGGCAGCAAAGGGCUUCAGAUAUAGAGAUGAGGCCAGGGCCUUGGAGGAGGGUCAGCUCAGUGCAUUCCCACCUUUUGGGCAAAAGGAUGGGAGAAUGGGGAGUAAAAUGCUCAUGGCAAAAAGCACUGUUAAGCCAAGUGCUGAGAAAUAGGAGGUUGCCUUUCUGAUCCCAGUCUGCUUGAAACCUGGCUUUGCUUCCCUCCUUUGCCUUCCUAACCUACUCAUACCACUCAUUCAUUUAUUCAUCCACUUAUUCAUUCAACAGAUAUUUAUUGACCACCUAUUAUAAGCUUUAAGUCCUCCCACUUUGUCCUGACAUGUGCUGCGUCCACUGUCUCUCGGACUCAUCUCUCCCUUUCCAAAUCGCUCAAAACCUUGAGCUUGGGGAUUGGAUUGGAGUCACCUGUGUCCUUUCUGAUGGACUCACAGGAUUUUAGAGCCCUGUAGGUUAGCUAGGCCAGUCCUCUGAUUUCCCUGGUGAGGAAGCUGUUGUGGCCCACAGUGAUUAAGUGCCUUGCCCAAGGUCAAGGUGUUAAUCUGAAGAUGGCAGAACCUGAACUGGAACCCAGGUGUUCAGGUACCCUGCCAGUGCCUCAUCUCUGCUCUGGGCUGCCUUAGUCAGUGAUGAAAAGAGGGAAGGGGAGGGGAGCGGUAAUCUGCUUGGUCAACAGCACGGGAAGCCUUCACUCACUCUAAAGGCUGGGACUUGUCCUCCCCAGUGACUCCAAGCGUAGGGUAUAGGUUAGGCCUAGGCCUGGCUCUGCAGUUCUGCCUCCCCCGCAGCUUCUUGGCUGAGCCUCAAAGAACCGCUUCUCAGGACUCUCUCAGGAAGAUGUCAAACUCAGCCCCAUCUUGGCUGAGCAGACUGCACCUGUGUUCUGAUGUCCCUUUCACUGCCUGCUCAGGACUUAGAUGCAUUUACUUGCUGAACAUUCUUGUUAAGCACCUGCCAUAGGCCAAGAAUUAAGAACCCAGUAGUGAAAUGGACAGACUCAUGGAAUUUAGAGUCUAGUGGGAAGUCAGACCCAGACAAUGACAGUGAGAUGAAUGUUAGGAAGGUGGGGUGGGUAUGGGGGUGAAUGCCCUGCAGUCCUGGGGGAGCCUAGCUGGACCCAAGACUGGGCAAGGGUUUUGGAGAAGCCUUUCCAAACGUUAAGUGGAAAGAACUGGGCACUAUUGGAGGUUGGAGCCAUCUGGGCUCCCUGCAGCUCUUUAGUGAUCCAUGAUCAAGGACCUAAGGCGCUGCCUCUGCAGCAGCUUAAGGGAGUAAAACAGGUAGAGCAUGAGGAAAUGGCCAGGUUGGGUUAAUCUGCUGGUUUCAACUGGUUCAGGAGCAAGGUUAUUUGGCCAUGACUGGCUGGUCUCCAGCCUAAGGAGCUGCUUCAAAUGCACAGGCCUAGUUGAAGUUUAAACCCCAGCAAAACAUUCCUCCUUGUAAAUGUAAAAUCCUACUCCCAGUCCCCGCCCCCCCCUGCCUUGUUUUUUGGGGUUUUUUUGUUUUUGCUUUUCUUUUGUGUUUCUUUUCUUGAAAUCAUCAGAUUAGCAACUGCGUGUCCCCACUCCUUCCCACUGCCUCUCCUCUCUGGGACAAGUUGAGACCUUUGAGGAAGAUAAGGCCUACCGUAACUUCCCAUCAUAUUCAUGUGUCUGUUUCUCCCUUGGAGAGAAAAGCAGAACCCAUCAGGCUUAUUUAACUGGGUUCUACAGUUUACAAGACUGCAGGAAGCCUCAAAGGAGAAGAGCAAGCAGGUGUGUCCCCAGCUUCUGGAAAGAGGGUUCUCUCAUUGGAUUGGGGGUCUGUGGCCUGGGAAACUCCAUCAGUCCUCUUUCACCAUUUUUUGAAACUCAAACCCUUGGGGGAGAGGGUUUCAGGAGUGGUUCCUGGAAAUGGGGAUCUGCAUGUAUUUCAGGUUGUGGCUGUUCGCUCUAGGACUCUUAUUUCUCUGGUUCAAGGUUCAACUUCUUGGGACUUCGACUGUCUUCUUUCUGAAAGACCAAAUCUAACUAAUGUAACCACCAACAUGGGGACUGCCAAUAUGGCAUUGUCUCUAUGACUCAAAAGGCAAGAGUUUGUCGGGCAAAGUGGAUGAAGUUAUGUGUGUGCGUGUGUUUAUGGAGUGUGUGGGGGGUAGGAUACCAUCUGUACAGAUUGAAAAUAAACCAGACAAACUUA